AGAUUGAUGGGUUAGGAAGGAGAGAUUAAUGGCUUCAGGAACUGCAGAUAUCUCGCCACAAGUCACCGGAUUGGAUGGUGGGUGCUUAAACGGAGGUGGAAUGCCGAUCAUGGAAGAUCAAAACGUCGACGCUUUGGCCAAUUCGAACCACAUUCCAACCGGAAAGCCUCCGAGAAACCUCUCGGUUAUGCGAAAUUGCACUAGCUAUGCAUUGUUGACCGAAUCAGAUUCAGAUAUUGGAAGUAUGGGAUUGAAGUCACCGGCAAGUGAGACAGCUGAGUUCGUAUUUGUAUUCCGUUCAGGAAGCUGCUCUGAGAAAGGACCUAAACAGUACAUGGAGGAUGAGUACAUUUGCGUAGAUAAUCUCCAUGAUCAUAUUGCUGAAAUUGAAAACUUGCCUUCUCCUGGGGCAUUUUAUGGGGUCUUUGAUGGACAUAAUGGUGUUGAUGCAGCGUCAUUCAUCAAAAGCAACAUCCUUAAAUUCAUCGUUGAAGACUCUCACUUCCCAUCUGGCGUUAAAAAGGCAGUUAGAAGCGCUUUUGUGAAGGCUGAUCAUGCUUUUGCAGAUGCUAGCUCAGUUGACAAGUCCUCCGGUACCACUGCCUUGACUGCCCUGAUCUUAGGAAGGACCAUGCUAAUCGCUAAUGCUGGGGACUGUCGAGCUGUGUUGGGCAAGCGGGGAAGGGCAAUUGAGCUAUCUAAAGAUCACAAGCCUAACUGCACCUCUGAAAGAUUAAGAAUUGAAAAGCUGGGUGGUGUUAUCUAUGAUGGCUACCUCAAUGGCCAACUAUCCGUAGCGCGUGCUCUUGGAGACUGGCAUAUCAAGGGCUCGAAAGGUUCAAAAAGCCCCUUGAGCUCCGAGCCAGAGUUGGAGGAAAUUGUCCUAACAGAAGAAGACGAGUUCUUGAUAAUGGGCUGUGAUGGCUUGUGGGAUGUGAUGAGCAGCCAGUGCGCAGUUACAAUGGUGAGGAAGGAGCUCAUGCAGCACAAUGAUCCCGAGAGAUGUUCAAAAGCGCUCGUCAAGGAAGCGCUCCAGCGAAACACGUGCGAUAACCUCACUGUUGUCGUGGUCUGUUUCUCCGAAGAUCCACCUCCUAAAACCGAAAUAUCUAAAUCCCACAAGAGAAGGAGCAUUUCAGCUGAAGGGUUGGACCUUCUCAAGGGUGUCUUAAGCACCAUUUGAACAAAUGGACUGCAUAUAUACAGAUGGAGCUUACACCCCCUGUCGGGGAUUUUUCUGAGUCGCUCCUGCACCCUGCUGCGGCCGCACCUUCCAGAUUUCUUUUAACUAUACGUCCUGUACAAUUUGAGAUACGAUUAACAAUCUCGAAUUUGAUUCUUUAAAAUCAGAAUUUUUUUUUAUGUUAGAACUGCAUAAGUUGCUGCAAGGCUCUCUUGCACCAGUCAGCUUACUUUCAACUUGGUUAUAGGAUUUAAAUAGCAAACUCUACAAGUAGUCCUCUUAUAUGUAGAACUUUUAACAAAUAUGGAUCAUGUAUAAAGUCUUUUUCCCUUUCCCUCUCA